AUGACAAGCCCUCGUGCAAUUCAGCAAAUACCACAUCGAUCUAUAUUUUUUCGAUUUAUUUUAUUCGUCCAUUCGUUUGGCGUACCAAGGUCGGGUGGGAAUUCAUAUCCAACGUUUAUGCGUCGUGUUCACGUGUAUGCGCUGGAAUACCGGCACUCCAACACAGAUCAGUGUGCCUAUGGCGCUGAUUACAUCGUAGCUGCAAGUUUCUGCAUUCUAAAGCAUCGUAUGCGAGAAUCAAAUCCAUAA